CCUGCCUCCUCCUUUUUCUCCUCCUCCUUCUUCUCCUCCAUCUCUCCUCUUUUCCUUCUUUUACUGUCUCCAUUCCCGGCUUCAAGGGGCGAAAACGAGCCUCUUUUGAGGGGAGAUUAUGGUACCUGAAUUGGAGAAUGCAACUGUCCGGAUGAAGAAUCCUGAAAAAGUAAAAAAUAUAAUUUCAUUGCUCAGAAAAGGUGGGGCAGGAAGACUUCAGGUCAUUUCUGAUUUUGACAUGACACUGACUCGGUUUGGGUUCAAUGGAAAGCGUUGCCCUACUUCACACAAUAUCAUAGAUAACAGCCGAAUCAUCAGUGAAGAAGGCAGAAGACAGCUAAAAGAUCUGCUCCACUAUUACUAUCCUAUUGAAAUUGAUCCAUACAGAACUGUGGAAGACAAACUGCCUCUCAUGGUAGAAUGGUGGACGAAGGCUCACAAUCUCCUGACCCAGCAGAGAAUUCUGAAAAGUGACAUUGCUGAGAUGGUGAGAGAGUCAGAUGUCAUGCUCAGAGAUGGCUUCAACAUUUUCUUUGACCAGCUUCAUCAGAACAGAAUUCCUCUGUUCAUCUUCUCGGCAGGUGUGGGUGACGUGCUAGAGGAGAUAAUCCGCCAGGCUGGUGCAUUCCAUCCUAAUGUCAAUGUUGUCUCCAACUAUAUGGACUUUGAUGACAGUGGAGUCCUGCAAGGUUUCAGAGGGCCCCUCAUCCACAUCUACAACAAGAACAAUACAGUCCUGAAGGAUACAGAGUAUUUCCAGCAACUGUGCACAAGGACAAACAUCUUACUCCUUGGAGAUUCCAUGGGUGACCUCAGUAUGGCAGAUGGAGUUGCCGAUGUUGAAAAUAUCCUCCGGGUUGGCUUCUUGAAUGACAGGGUGGAAGAACAGCGGGGGAAGUACAUCGAGUCCUAUGAUAUAGUGUUGGAGAAAGAUGAAACAUUGGACGUAGCAAAUGGCAUCCUUAACUUCAUCCUUGCCCAAACCCAGUCCACACCAACCCAUUACCCUUGACAAUAAGCUGUCUUUAGGAAAAGGGAGAUCCUCUCUGUAUGCAUCUGUGUGUCCUUUAGUUCAUCACCUGUUAUGUUUCAGACACAUAUUAAACUCUCACUGUUCUUGUCAUUCUCAGAAUCACAGAAUUCACAGUGGGCCAAGUUUACAUACAUUCUGUUCUCUCAACUACCACAUCCAUGAUUAAAACCAAAUUGCAGCUGUACCAUGCAGAGUAUAGACUCAUCAUGUAUUUAUUUUCUUCGCUGCCCAAAGUGGAGAAUGGACCAGCUAACAGGAUUCUUAAAGCAACACAAUCUUUAAAAAUUCUUUAGAGGAAAAUAAUGUGUGGGUCAUUUGUAAGCCUUUUCUCUCCACUUACAGUACUUAAAACAAAAAUAAUCUUAAAAUGAACGGUAGUGUCACAGGCACAAGGCAGUGAUCUAAAAAGAUAGAUGUUAUUCUCUAAAACCAGCUGGAUAAAUUUGAAGGUGUGGAUUUUUGUGAGAGGAACUGACUUGGGGAAUGCUGAGUAAAACAUCUUUGCUGUGGUCUUCCUGCCAAGCAAGCUAUUUAGAAUCUUGCUUGUUUGGAGAGCCUUUAAUGAUUUAGACAGGGCAUGUGCAAAGUGAGUUUGAUACAUGUCAGCAGUUAGGUAGUUUUACUCUUCAAAGAUCAGUUCAAAUGUGCAGCAAAUCAUAUUAACUUUAAUUAUUAGAAACAAAAAAUCCACUUGGCUUUUUGAUUUUGAAGAGUCCAAAGAAUAUUCACUAGCAAGAGAACAGAGGGGAUGUUAAUGGAUGUUCUUGUAUGAGUUGCAAAUAACUGAGAUCAGUUUAUCCCAUUAAAGUAAGCAGAGUGCAUCCUAAGAUGUACUUUGCACAAGCAAAAAUGUUUUGGACUUCUGUGUCAUAUUUUGGUUUUAUAAAAUAUCACCCUUCAGUUUCAAAAGCGUUUUUAAAACUAUAAAUGACCAACAUAAACUUUUCUCACAAGACCCAACAAAACUGAGUUGCUUUUAUAUUCAAAAGACAUGUGAAAAGAUAAUAGAAUAAAUUUCUUAUUUUGAA